AUUUAAACAGAAGUUGUUCUUAAUUUGUUAUCCCACAAUUUGUUUUUCCUCUCUUUCUUUUGUAUCCUUAUUUAAACAAAAGUAUUCUUUGUUAUCCCACAAGAGGUACCAUUCUAAAAAUGGCCAACAAUGAUAAUAACUCUGACGGGCAGUUCACUUACGCAUUGCAACUUAUUACUUCCAUUGCAUUGCCUAUGGUGUUAUCAAACGCUAUCAAGCUCAAGCUCCUAGACGUUAUUGCAGAGGCAGGCCCGGGUGCUGCACUCUCGGCUCAGGAGAUCGCCUCCUCUUUGUCAAUAUCAAACCCUGAUGCUCCUGACAUGAUUGACCGGAUGCUUCGAUUGCUCGCUAGCUAUGCAAUUGUCACUUGCGUCCAAGAAGACCGCGAAGCUAAGCCAGUAAGAGUAUAUGGACUUGCACCUGUUUCAAAACUAUUCAUCCAAAAUGAAGAUGGAGUGUCGUUAUGUCCAAUGUUGGAGUUGCACCAAAAUAAGUUGAACAUCGAAACUUGGUUUAAACUUAAAGAAUGUGUACAAGAAGGAGGUAUUGCAUUUGAAAAGAUCCAUGGAAUGCAUGAAUAUGAAUAUCUUGGGUUAGAUGCUAGCUUAAAUGAGGUAUUUAACCAGGCCAUGCUACAUACUUCUGCUAUAGUGGUUAAGGAGAUGCUCAAGAAUUACAAAGGUUUCGAAAACCUCACUUGUGUGGUUGAUGUUGGAGGUGGUGUUGGAACAACGAUUAGUAUGAUUGUAUCCGAAUAUCCAAGCAUUAAGGGCAUCAAUUUGGACCUUCCUCAUGUUAUACAGAAUGCACCUCUCUACAAAGGUAUUAAUCAUGUCGAAGGAGAUAUGUUUCACCAUAUUCCACAAGCUGAUGGCAUUUUUAUUAAGUGGGUAUUGCAUUGUUAUGACGAUGAUCGUUGCAUAAAGUUGUUAAAGAUCUGCUACAAGGCUUUACAAGAUGGUGGAAAGGUGAUAGUUGUAGAAAAGGUUAUUCCUUUCUUACCGGAUACAAGUUCCUCUGUAAAAACCGCUACCCAUCUAGAUGCAAUCAUGAUGACUCAAACUCCAGGUGGAAAAGAGCGCACCGAGAAUCAAUUUUUAGCUUUGGCUAAAGAAGCUGGAUUUGGUGGUAUAGCCAAAAAAUGUUUUAUUUGUAACUACUGGGUCAUGGAAUUUUAUAAAUAAAACAAUUAAGGGAUUAGUGGUCUUAAAUAUACGAAUGUUUAUGUCACGUGAUAAACUAUUCGAGUGUUCAAUAUAUGUAAUAAACUCGUUAUUUUUUCCAUUGGUUGUAACUAAUUGGUACGAUGUAAGAGCCAAGUGAGUGACACGUCAAAUGGACAGAAUAGAGAUCUUUAUUUGUUUUCGUAUUAAAUAAAUGUGAAAUGUUUUUGUUUGGUUA